CGGGUACCGUUAUUGCGGCCAGGGGUUGUCCUUUCCCUCCAGUUUAGCCGAACAAACCCGGGAUACAGAGGAGCUCAAAGCAUGGGAAAUAAUCCAGGGCAAAUGUGGAACAGCAGUCAGGGAGAUUACACCUCAGUUACUGGAGUGAAACAGGCAGUAUAAACGUUGACGGCAACGCCACAAAAGACGUCGGGCUGCUCUUUCUCCAUCUCCACCAUUUUGGUUAUCAGUGAUGGAGCACAUCCGGACGCCGAAGGUUGAAAAUGUACGUCUACUGGACCGGUCAUCAGGCCAGAGAAAGGCCAGUGUUGGGACUCUGUACCUGUCUGCCACAUACACCAUCUUUGUAGAGAGCAACCCUGAGACACGCAAGGAGACAUGGGUGCUGCACAGUAUGGUGAGCAGUGUGGAAAGGCCACCCACCAUUCCUGCAGGAAGUCAGCUGAUCUUGCGCUGUAAGGACUUCCGGGUCUUCCACAUCCUCAUUCCACAGGACAGAGACUGUAUGGAUGUCCACACCUCAUUGGUCAGGUUGUCACGACCAGAGAAAUACAGUGAAUUGUACUGCCUGUCCUUUAACCCCAGUGUGAACAAAGAGGAGAGAGAAGAGUCAUGGAAGUUCAUAGACCUCAUGGCAGACUACAAGAGGAUGGGAGUUCCUAAUAACCUGUGGGUCACAACAGCAGCCAACAGUGAAUACAGGGUGUGCGAUACGUAUCCCUCAGAGCUGUUUGUUCCAAAGUCGGCCACCCCUGCCAUCAUUGUUGGCAGCUCAAGGUUCAGGAGUCGAGGACGGUUUCCUGCUCUGGCCUAUUUCCACCAGGACACAUUGGCAGCAGUGUGCCGGUGUAGUCAGCCACUGUCAGGCUUUAGUGGACGCUGUCAGGAGGACGAGAUGAUGCUGCAGGCUGUGAUGAAGUCUAACCCUGGCAGUGACUAUAUUUAUGUGGUUGACACCCGGCCCAAGCUGAAUGCAAUGGCGAAUCGGGCAGCAGGUAAAGGCUACGAGAACGAGGACCACUACACCAACAUCAAGCUGCAGUUCAUUGGCAUUGAAAACAUUCAUGUAAUGAGAAGCAGUCAGCAGAAAAUCAUUGACGUGGGCGAGAUGAGAUCUCAGUCCAUGACUGACUUCCUGUGGGGUCUUGAGAACUCUGGUUGGCUCAAACACAUUAAAGCCAUACUGGACGCCGGGGUCUUCAUAUCCAGGGCGGUUGCUGAUGAAGGCAUCAGUGUGUUGGUUCACUGUUCAGACGGCUGGGACAGGACGGCCCAGGCCUGCUCCGUCGCCAGUAUACUGUUGGACCCAUUCUAUAGAACCACCAAAGGACUCAUGGUGCUGAUAGAGAGAGACUGGGUUUCCUUUGGACACAAGUUCUCUCACAGGUAUGCUCACCUUGAUGGAGAUCCUAAAGAGGUGUCUCCCGUCAUCGAUCAGUUCCUGGAGUGUGUGUGGCAGCUGUCCGAGCAGUUCCCCUGUGCCUUUGAGUUCAACGAGCGCUUCCUCAUCGCCAUACACACACACGUCUACUCCUGCCAUUUUGGAAACUUCCUGGGAAACUGCCAGAAGGAGCGCAGGGAUAUGAGGCUUCGUGAGCGGAGUCAUUCUGUGUGGCCUCAGAUGUGGAAGGACAGAGCCGAGUACACCAACCCUCUGUACAAGGCCGAGAUGAGCCAGACUCAGGGGGUCCUGAGACCAAACACCACCCCCUAUUGUUUCAAAAUGUGGAAGGGUCUCUACAACCACAUGGAGAAAUCAUCGCCUCCUCGCCAGUCACCUGCCGACUUCCUGUCUGCUGUGAGGGAGGAAUCCCAGCAGUUGGAGGAGGAGCUGACCAAUCACCAGGAGAGGAUAGCAGCCCUGACAGGACAACCAAUCACAUGGGAGAAGAUCACAGUUCCGAGGAGGAGGACUAGUCACCUGUGGCAGAGACACUGUGGGCCGGACCCGCCCACCACUUACACAGACUCAAUUACCAGCCCUGCACAGGACAAGAGUCAGGCAGACUUCUCUGUAGCAGCCAAUCACCAGGCUCAGAUCAAGGAUCCCGCCCUUAACCUGCCUCUAGGGCUGCACAGCCAUCUGAAGAGUCACGACCCUGAUGACCUCUCCACCUGCAGUGACCUGGAGUCAGGCGUGGCUGACCUCAGCAGCCGCUCGUCCAGUGGCGGGGAAGACAGAAAGGACCUGGACUCAGAUGAGGCUGUCUUUACUACCGCCUGAGUUGAAAAAGGUAAUGCUGCCAUUUGGCUGGAAGGUGAGAAAAAAGAUGGCUGCUGACAGACUGACAGGUAGAGGGAUUUUAUGUUUUGUUUCCUAGAGAUCUUAAGGGAGAUACAUCAAUGGCUGGUUAACAGUUCAGCUUUUAGAUGAAGGCACUGAAAGACACCAUUUUAAUGUUUUCAUUUGACUGUAUUUUUAUUUAUUAUUGCAUUGCAGCAGGCCAGAGAGGCUCCUUUUUUUCAGGGAUGUUUUUAGAUAGGCUCAAUAACUGUCAUUUGUACACACUGUUACUACUGUGAGGUAGACAAAUGUUAAUGAAAGCAGCCUGAUGAUGUGUGCCACAGGCUUGAUGAGGGGAGUAAAACAGUCUGAAACACUUGUAGAUUUUCAGACAGAGCAAACACACUCAGUCCAUGUUUAUCUUGUCAGAUACCUUACUACAUGGUGGAGGAUUUACUGAAUCAUUCAUUGACAUCCAGUCUUCCUUCCUCAGUAUAAAUUAAUAUGCAUAAUGCUAGUAGUAAUAGCAUCUUGUCCGAGGUACUUCUUUGUAGAGCCAGCAGAUACCUUAACUUAAAGUCACCACCACCUGUUAUUAUUAUUAUUAUUAUUAUUAUUAUUAUUAUUAUUAUUAUUAUUAUUAUUAACACUAUUAUCAUUAUUUCUUCCAACUUGUCCUGGUCUCCUCAAAAAACAUAUUUCUCCUUUAAACACCAAUCAGCCACUAGGGGUCAGUAUUCGGGUUUGAACCGUUUGAAGAGCCCAGAGAGUCCAACGUUAAUGUGGAUCCUCCAAAGGCUCUUUUAAAAAAUACAAGAUGCACUCUCAGCUAUAAAAGUAUGAGAAGAAGACAAAAGAUUGGCAGGCUGACCUAGUUAAAACAUUUGGUUAUUAGAUCAGAUUAUGAGGAGCAGGAAUCAAAUUGUGAACAAAAAUAUUUGUGUUUACAACAAAUACUGCAACACAGCAUUUUCUUUUGUCUGUGUGCAAUAUAUUGGUUUAAAGCCAUUUAUUUUUUAGGUUUUACUCUACUGUACACCCUUCAGUAAAGACCUGAUAUCCACACAGAUUUAAAAAUCAUUCAGAUGAGAAAGUGUUUAUCAUGAAAUCCAGUGAAGUUAAUGUUGAAUAUCAGUAUAUACACUAUGUUUGACCAACGUGCGCUUUAACAACUUGAGAGUUUAUAGUUUGUGUCCUUCCAGUUUGAUGAAUUACCAACAGCAAGAACAGAUGUCUUAGUUUGUUUCAUGGUCUCUGCAUUGUCCAGAGGGGUCUCUCUGUGUGGAGGUAUAUUUUGAUGUUGGUGUAUUUAAAUCAUACAGUGAGCACCUCCUGUGGCUCCUUGUACUUAAACGUGUGGACAGAAACACACACUGAUUGAGCUGUGCAUCUUAAAGCCACCCACUAUCAUGUUCACUGCAGUUAGAGCAAUCUGUGGGACUGAUAUAUGUGACCAAAUACUGGAGGGCAUAGUGUCAUGUAGCCCAAUAUUUAACCACUGUUUUGAACAACAGUGUCCCGGAAAUCAUGUAUACUCCUGACAUUCAUUUGAGCAAGUGAAAAGAAAAGAAAAAAAGGUUUUGUCUUUUUCCACGUUGGUAGAUUUCAUAUUUGCAGCUGUCGAGCAGUGUGGCAUAUGGAAGAAGGUAACAGAAGAGCAUGAUAAAUGUCACCAUGCUGCUUGCUGUGUGCCACAACAGAGUGAAUCUAAUGAGUUGAAAGUUCCGGGUUCUCCUCUCCCUCUCAACUUGUACAUUUCACUAUAGCCUGUGGUGUGUGUACAUGAGUGUGUCCUGUAUCCAUUGAUGUGAAUGAUGUAUCAAUAAAUGCACUGUUAAAGGGAAGGAUCUGCAGCAUACUGAGUCUGACUUAUUCUUCAACACACCACAUGAAAGGCAGUUUGAAUUGUUUGAACAUUAUAAUAUUUAGAGUUAUUUUAUUGGUUUAGAUCAUUGCAAACAUAAUUGGGUCAUUCCAUGCCAUUAAAACCUUUUCCUGCUCAUGUCAUGACUCCUUUUAGAAAAUAAAUCCAAAAACGUAUAUUAAAUUCAUGAGACUAUGCAAAAUGAUAUGCCUGUGCUCCAAAUGUGUUUCACAUGCUGCAUUUUCUCUUUUGAAUCAAAUUUAAUAAUUUUCGUGAUUCUUUGUAUGUAUAUUCUGAACUUUACCAAUCGCGUCUUUUUCACAGGCUUGGGCUGGGAUUCUCAUCAUUUACAACAUGAAUUCACCUGAAUAGUUGUUACUGAAUAUUUAAGGCAGUCGCAUUAGUAACAAUAUUUCUUUGCCCAAAUGAAGAAUAUUUCAUUGUCUAAUAUUCAUAUCCACACUACUCUUUACUUUAUCGCCACAUAAUGUUGAUUCUGUGUAGUAUUAAUUUAGAGCUCACAUCUAGAAAUUAUCUGGUCCUUUAUAAAAACCGGGUGCCGCAAAUCUUAUUAAAUAGAUUUAACAUUCAAUUAUAUGAUUAUUUUCAUUGAUUUUAACAAUCACUGCAGACACAGAGAAUGUUAAACAUGUAAUGUUACAGUACAAGUCAUUGUUACACUUCACUUCACUGUCUGUAGCAUCACAUUCAAUGGUUUAUUUCAUCAGAAGAUAUUUGUUCUGUGUUGACUUCAAGCUUUUCUAUCUGUGUGAUACCUGUUGAGCCUUUUUUUUUGGGAUUCAGGAUGUUUGUAAGUCAUAGUGUGUAAUGGUUUGGUCCGUUGUGUACUGAUGUUGUCAUCCUGUUCUGUACACCAGGAUAUGAUUUAAUCUUCGUAGCUCCGUAGCUCAACACACACAUAUUAUUUCACAAUUUUAAAAUGCCUGAAUUUUAAAUGCAUGUUACUCAUUCAGCCAUUGCCAACAGAAUACUUCUGUGUAAGACUACAACAUGGAUGCUUCUUCUUAAAGAGAACUCUCAACGUCUGUCCAUCAGGGAGCGCUGACAACACGUCCUGCUUGGGACAUACUGUAUCUUGGCUACAAUUGUUGAAUAAACACGUUCAAAGCAUCCUUUGCAGGGAUUAUUUUUGUUAUACAGUUAAGUUUUUAAAAAGCCAAAAUCUUACUGUAAUUUUAGAUUUUCAAAUCUGAAUAUGGGUCUUAAAAAGAUCAGUGUCAGUGGGAUUCAUAACAGAGCUUGUAUUCAUUUCAUACAUGAUCUUUUUCAAUGUGUUUUUUUUUAAUACAUCAUAAUAUACAAAAGAGCCAGACAGCAGAACCUUCAUACAAGUUGAUAUUUCAUUCAAGUCAGUGUGUUGGGAACAUCACACAAUUUUGUACACAGUACUUCUCAGACACAUUCUCACGUUUACCAUAAGGAACUAUAGUGGCCGAGUUCAAUUCCUUGUGACCUUUUAAAGGAGAGAUUCUGUCUGCUGCUGUGACUCAUGUUUUGCUGUGUUCCACUGACAGCCACAAGACUGUUUAUGAAACUUCUUCAUAUAUGUCGUUCCAUAGCAUCUAGGAGAAUGCAAGUGAUGUGUGCUCUGGUUCCAGUUUGUUCAGAGCAGUGAGUAUAAACAAACAGACUACAACCUGCAAAGACUUUAAGAUCAAUGCAAAAAACUGGACGCCAUGGCCUGGCCACAUUUGACCGAAAAAAAAAAAAAAA